AGGACCGUUGGGGCGGGAGGUGGCGGCGGCGGCGCGCGCUGCGGGCAGUGAGUGUGGAGGCGCGGACGCGCGGCGGAGCUCGAGCUGCUGCAGCUGCUGCCGCCGCCGGAGGAACCUUGAUCCCCGCGCUCCGGACACCCCGGCCUCGCCAUGGCUGACCAGCUGACCGAGGAGCAGAUCGCAGAGUUCAAGGAGGCCUUCUCCCUCUUCGACAAGGAUGGAGACGGCACUAUCACCACCAAGGAGUUGGGGACGGUGAUGAGGUCCCUGGGACAGAACCCCACCGAAGCAGAGCUGCAGGACAUGAUCAACGAGGUGGACGCGGAUGGGAACGGGACCAUUGACUUCCCGGAGUUCCUGACCAUGAUGGCCAGAAAGAUGAAGGACACAGACAGCGAGGAGGAGAUCCGAGAGGCUUUCCGCGUCUUCGACAAGGACGGCAACGGCUACAUCAGCGCUGCCGAGCUCCGUCAUGUAAUGACGAACCUGGGCGAGAAGCUGACCGACGAGGAGGUGGACGAGAUGAUCAGAGAGGCCGACAUCGACGGGGACGGUCAGGUCAACUAUGAAGAGUUUGUACAGAUGAUGACGGCCAAGUGAAGGCCCCCCGGGCAGCUGGUGAUGCCCACUCUCGUGAUCUCUCUCUUCUCGCGCGCGCGCUCUCUUCAACACUCCCCCGCGUUCCCCGGUUCUAGCAAACACCAGUCGAUUGACUGAGAAUCUGAUAAAGCAACAAAAGAUUUGUCCCAA